UGCACACACACAGACACGCACACUCAGAAAGCACACUGCACAGAGCAAGCGAUCCUAAGGAACUGCUGAAGAACCCAGUCACGUAGGGGGGAUAGACCAGACAAAGCCACCAAGAUGUGUGACAUGGGGGGAUUGGAUAACCUGGUGGCCAACACGGCCUACCUGAAAGCCCAGGGUGGCGACGACAAGGAGAUGAAAAAGCGUCGUCGGAGUUUGUCACUGCCCCUGGCCGAGCAGUGUGCCACCAUCCGGACUACCAUUGAUAAGAACUUUGAGUCGCUCUGUGAGAGGCAGCCAAUCGGCAAGAAGUUCUUCCGGCAGUUCCUGACUGCUACCCCAGAGUACAUCAAUGCCGCUGAGUACCUGGACGAGCUGAAUGACUGGGAUCUGGCGGAAGGUGCUGACAAGGAUAAGCAGAGGGCGAACAUGAUGAAAAAGUUUUGCAAGGCCGACUCCAAUAACUUUCUGACCUACCUCACUGGGGAGGUAGCCGACAAGUGUAAGGCAGUGACGGACAAUGACUUUGACGAAGUGAUGAAUGUCAAGGUGAAGGAAGCCACACGGGAGUUUCUGAAAGACAAGCCCUUCACGGACUACCAAACUAGCCCCUUCUUUGACAAAUUCCUGCAGUGGAAGGAGUACGAGAAGCAGCCCAUCAGUGAUAAAACCUUUUAUGAGUUCAGAACUCUGGGUAAGGGAGGUUUCGGAGAGGUAUGUGCCGUACAGGUGAAGAACACAGGCCAGAUGUACGCCUGCAAGAAGCUGUGCAAGAAGCGCCUGAAGAAGAAACAUGGUGAGAAGAUGGCCCUGCUGGAGAAGCAGAUCCUGGAAAAGGUCAACAGCCUGUUUCUUGUCAACCUGGCCUACGCCUAUGACACCAAGACCCACCUGUGCCUUGUCAUGACCCUGAUGAACGGCGGUGACCUCAGGUAUCACAUCUAUUACGUCAGUGAGAAGACCAAGGGUAUCGAGAUGCCACGUAUCAUCUACUACACAGCGCAGAUCUGCACAGGCAUUCUUCAUCUGCAUGAAAUGGAUAUCAUAUAUCGUGACAUGAAGCCCGAGAACGUGCUGCUGGACAGCUUUGGCCAGUGCCGACUCUCUGAUCUGGGUCUGGCCGUGGAGCUACCUGCUGGAAAGACCAUCUCCCAGAAGGCUGGAACCGGAGCAUACAUGGCCCCUGAGAUCCUGAACGAAGUUCCCUACAGGACAUCGGUGGACUGGUGGGCGCUGGGAUGCAGUAUUUACGAGAUGGUGGCUGCCUACACCCCGUUCAAGGGUCCCGAAUCCGGGAAGCAGAAGGUGGAGAAGGAGGAGGUGCAACGUCGCAUCUGCAAAGAGGAACCCCCAUGGGAGCACAAGAACUUUGACGCGCCCACCAAGGCCAUCAUCCAGGAGUUCCUCAAGAAGAAUAUUGAUGAACGCCUGGGCUGCAAGGGAGGAGGUGAGGACCCCCGUAAGCACGAGUGGUUCAAGUCCAUCAACUUUCCUCGUCUGGAGGCUGGUUUGAUCGACCCCCCUUGGGUGCCCAAGCCCAACGUGGUCUAUGCCAAGGACACUGGCGACAUCGCUGAGUUCUCCGAGAUUAAGGGCAUUGUGUUCGACGCCAACGACGAGAAGUUCUUCAAGGAGAUUGGCACGGGAGCCGUGGCCAUUCCGUGGCAACAGGAGAUGAUCGAUACGAACCUGUUUGACGAGCUGAACGACCCCAACAGGAAAGAGUGUGCUGGGGGUGAUGACGGGGAGGGGAAGUCUGGCACGUGCACAUUGCUGUGAACAGUCAAACCUGGCACAUAUAUACACCGAAACAUGGCACCAAUACAUCAACUGAUUCGCUCAUGUUCUGUAAAAUUCUUGUAAAACAUUACACACAGAAAUAAUUGAACAAAAUGCAUCGGAGAACCACAAGAGAGAGAUGAGGUAUCCUUCACUGGACCUGGCCGAUUUCCAUUGGUUUUAGUAAUAUGGGUUGAAAGUUCCCUGAGCUUCCAAACACAUAGGAGAGUAAAGGUGGCUUUACCAAGAUUGGUAUUGGUAGUCUCUUCAGAUUGGUAUUGGUAGUCUCUUCAGAUUGGUAUUGGUAGUCUCUUCAGAUUGCAGAUACUCCCAGAUGUUUCUCAUGAUGUAUUCGUGCCCUCCUGGCCAACAGGGGUCGUAAGAUUAAAAUAUAACAAAUUCAUAUUGUGGAUAAAACAUUUUUUUAAAUGAUUAAUGGAUAAACACAGGCCUCUGUUUACAUACAGCCUGCAUCAGAAAGAUGUGUGUAUGUAGACUGCAGUGCUAGCCCUAGGCCUGAAACCUAGGCAUUGGCCACAAUGGAGCACGGUAUGCUGAAUUUACUAGUUUUGGAAUAUGGAAUAUCUCAUUCUUGAUUGUGUUCCAUUAAUUGAAUUUGAUAGAGGCCACAUUUUAUUCAACCGUCCCCCCGUCCCGUCCCCAUCCCCCUGUCCCGUCCCCCGUCCCCCCGUCCCCCCGUCCCGUCCCCGUCCCCCCCACCGAGAUUCCUUUUGUCUCUCUAAAGGCAGAGGUGAUAACUAUUUUUUGUUGUCAAAUAUUUCAAGAGAUCAAUGUCUGUAUGGACACAUCACCUUUUUAGAAAUUACACCUGGAAGCGAUCAGAAGAAAAUAAAUAAUAUUUCAACAUCAGAAGUUAUUUCAAAACAAAAUGUGGCAGAGAUUUUACUAACCUUUAGUCGAUCACUAAAUUUCCAAGCAGAUGCACUUUACAAGCUAGCAUCUAGUUUUAUUUCAAAACGAUGUUGUAUAUGAAUAUAAAUAUGUAUAUCUAUGCAUUGACAUGGGGAGAAAUCCACAGAUUAGGUGCUAGUCAGGACUUGAUGAAUGCUCAACUCUCAUUGGGCUGUGAAGGUUCUAUGCCCUGGUUUCUCAGGAGAGAGGAAUGGAAUGUAGAGAAAAUCCAGUGGGAUUCUAUAUUCGAAGAUUGAACAUUGAGAGGAGUUGGGCUUGGCCAACAAUGUGUUCCUGUACCAGGAAUAUCUAUUUCUCCCUCCCCCCAAUGCUUCCAUUCAUGUGAUUUGUCUGAAGUUCGAGAUACAUGUACAAAUCUAAAGUUAGAAUCUAGUUAGCUUGCUAGCUUUCAAAACUUUUAACAAAGAAAAUCACAGUUCACUUGUUUGUUGCCUCAGGGUUAAGACUUAUUUCAUAUAAUAAUAAUAACAAUAAUAUAUUAUUAUUAUAUAACUUUAAAUGGGCUAAUUUUAUUAUAUUAUACUAUGAAUAUCAAUAUCAUAAACAUACUUGUAAAUAUAAUUUGAGAGGAAAACAUUACAUAUGCUACUCUAUGUCAGUCAUUU